AUGCGUUCCUCAACAGCAAGUUUGAUUUUGGCCUUCUGCGCCAUCUUGGCAGUUCAGGCAGCUCCAGUGGAUACAACUACCAAUGUCGCUCGUUCAGUUUCUGGUAUUGAGGCGAGAGCAGAGUUCGGGAUUGUUGCUCGCGACAACGAUUACGACGCGGAGGGCAAUGAGAUCGAUGCAAAUGGCAACUUGGUCGAACGUGAUACUGGCUAUAACGCAGCCGGUGAUGAAAUCGAUGAGAACGGAAACGUCAUUGAAAAGAGAGCCAAGAAGAACAAGGCAGCCAAGAAAGCUAAUGCACGCGCUGAGACCGGCUACGACGCGGAAGGCAAUGAGAUUGAUGCAAAUGGCAACUUGAUCGAGCGUGAUUCGGAGUACAACGCUGCAGGCGAAGAGAUUGAUGAGAAUGGAAAUGUCAUCGAGAAGAGAACCAAGACAAACGCACGUGCUGAGACUGGCUACGAUGCGGAAGGCAACGAGAUUGAUGCAAAUGGCAAUUUGAUCGAGCGUGGUGCCGACGGAUAUGAUGCCGAUGGCAACGAAAUCGAUGCCAACGGAAAGCUCAUCGAACGUCAGACCAACACCAAGAAAAACAAGAAGGCAAAGAAAGCUCGUCGUGAUACCGAGUACGACGCUGAGGGAAAUGAAUUGGACUCCAACGGAAAAGUUGUUGAGAAACGUGAAACCGGCUAUGAUGCCGAAGGCAACGAGAUUGACGAGAAUGGAAACCUCAUUGAGAAACGUGAAACUGGUUAUGAUGCUGAGGGCAACGAGAUUGACGAGAAUGGAAACCUUAUCGAAAAACGUGAAACCGGCUAUGAUGCCGAGGGCAAUGAGAUUGAUGAGAAUGGAAACCUCAUUGAGAAACGUGAAACCGGCUAUGAUGCCGAGGGCAAUGAGAUCGACGAGAACGGACAAAUCGUCGAGCGUCAAACCAACAACAAGAAAAACAAGAGAGCCAAGACCGCACGCAGAGAUUUCAACUACGAAUCCCAAUACGACGAGGCCGGCAACGAGAUCGACGAGAACGGAAACCUAGUCAACGUCUAA